UUGACGGCGGCCCUCCUCCUGGCCUCAUCCUCAUCCUCUUCUUCCUCUUCCCACCCCUCCGGCCGCACACCCACUCCUAGGUUAAUCCACAGGGGCUUAGAAGGUGACUGUCAUCCUCAGCCGUCCCCUGCCUGUGGUGGCAGCCAGCAUGUCCCAAGCACCCGGCGGAUUUAUGGUCACCAACAGAUGGGGGGGGAAAGGCAGGGGAGGCCAGACAGACGCCUGGCUGGACAGACAGAGUGCCGCUCGGUGCCCGCCACCUGCCUUUCCCCACUUGGUGCUGCUGAGCCAACCCUGGGGAUGCAGAUGGAGCCGGCAGCAGGGUGCCACCCCCCUCCCUGCUCCCCCUCCAAGCCUGCCUGGGCUUUAGCUGCUUACGCCAGGGCCUAUGAGGAUUUAGCGGGGGAGGCACGCGGGCGGCGGGGGGGGUGACACUGGCAACGUGUCGGUGUGUGAUGGGGGGCACGGAGCGGGGUAGGGGCCUGCUGGCACAGGGUGCUCAGCGCUUUGCAGCAUCCAUCUGCUGCUCCGGCACCGCAGCCCUAAGGGUGCCCACCCCCAACAGCACCCCUGGGUGCCGCCGUCCCAGCGUUGCCUGCCCGGUGCCCUUGAGCCCUUGAGCCCUUGUGCCCUGCCAGCUGAUCGGCUUCCAGGAACAACAACAAAAAAAAAAACGCAAUUACAAAGAGGGGCGAUGUGCGAGCCAAGUGUGGGGGGGGACAGGAAUGUCCCCAGCGGUGGCAGAUGGCCUUACCCAGGGUGCAUUGUUCCUUUUAGUGUCUCUUAUCCGCUGUAAUAGGAUCCCGGAGGGAGGGCUGUGGGAGAGGGGAAGAGCGAGGGGGGCCCCAGCGGGCCGGGGUGGGGGCCGGGGCUGCCAGCCUGCCCCGAGCCCGUCAAGCGGCUCAUUGUUCGCGGCCCGGGUGGCACGGGGCGGCCCCGGCGGCAUGCGGCACUGAGCGGCGGCGGUGCGGAGAGGAAACCCCAUGUCCCCCAGGCCAUGGCAUCGCCGGACAGAGCGAGCGGCCCCAGAGAGCCGCAGCUCAGCAUCACCCUGACCCUCCGCAUGCUGAUGCACGGCAAGGAGAUCGGCAGCAUCAUCGGCAAGAAAGGAGAGACAGUAAAGAGGAUACGGGAGCAGAGCAGCGCGCGCAUCACCAUCUCGGAGGGCUCCUGCCCCGAGCGCAUCACCACCAUCACCGGCUCCACCGAUGCCGUCUUCCGCGCCGUCUCCAUGAUAGCCUUCAAGCUGGAGGAGGACCUGGGGGAUGGGACGGCGGCAGGAAGGACACCGGUGACGCUGCGUCUUGUCAUCCCGGCCAGCCAGUGCGGCUCGCUCAUCGGCAAGGCGGGCACCAAGAUCAGGGAGAUCCGGGAGAGCUCAGGGGCUCAGGUGCAGGUGGCUGGCGACCUGCUGCCCAACUCCACAGAGCGCGCCGUCACCGUCUCGGGGGUGCCGGACACCAUCAUCCAGUGUGUGAGGCAGAUCUGUGCUGUCAUCCUGGAGUCGCCUCCUAAGGGGGCCACCAUCCCCUACCACCCUGGGCUCUCCCUGGGUACCAUUCUGCUCUCUGCCAACCAGGGUUUCUCCAUGCAGGGGCAAUACAGCGGGGUCUCUCCGGCGGAAGUCACAAAACUGCAGCAAAUGUCGGGGCACACCGUCCCCUUCCCACCACUGGGCCACCCGCCCUCCAUGGUUCCAGGGCUGGACUCAAACUCCCAAAGCAGCUCUCAGGAGUUCCUGGUGCCCAAUGAUCUGAUCGGCUGCAUCAUCGGCCGGCAUGGCAGCAAGAUCAGUGAGAUCCGGCAGAUGUCGGGCGCCCACAUCAAGAUUGGGAACCAGACCGAGGGCUCCAGUGAGCGGCACAUCACCAUCACGGGGUCCCCCGUCAGCAUCACGCUGGCUCAGUACCUCAUCACCACCUGCUUAGAGACGGCCAAAUCUACCUCCCAGGUGCCACUCGGCCCUGGCUCCGUGGAUCUCGGUGUGGGCUUCUCGCAGCCGCUCGCUCCGGGCUCCAGCGCAGCGCUGCCUGCUGUCCCUGCCACCCCCCCGGCUCUGCUGGGCACCCCCUAUGCCCUCUCUCUCUCCAACUUCAUCGGCCUGAAGCCGCUCUCCUUCCUGGCGCUGUCCCCAUCCUCCGCGGCAGGUGCCAAUGGUGGCACUGCCACCUACACGACCAAGAUCUCGGCGGCCAACGGCACCAAGAAAGCUGAUCGGCAGAAGUUCUCGCCCUACUGAACCCCUCUGUGGGUGAACAAGGGAGGUCCUGGUGCCACCUGGUGCCAAGGACACCCCUUGUCCUCCAUCCCUCCCCCAGUCGUCCCCCCCAGCAUCCCAUGCCCAGGGGAGGGGGGCCCAGAAGUGAUGGCCUCUGGAGCAAAAAGAGUUGCUCCAAUGCCCAUCCUGGCAGCACUGUGUCCCCUCUCCCCCCCAAACUUGCUAUGGUAUGGGUAGGAGGGCUGUCCCUGCUGGGGGGGGGGACAUCCUCCAACUCCCUGGUGUCCUUUGUCCCUACCUUUGCCCACACUGCUGUCCCUCUCCUGCCAUCCCCAACCCUCUGGGCUGAACCCCAGAGCUGCUGAGGGGCUGCCUGGCCUCUAUGGUGUUCCCCCAUCCCCUGGCUGUGUCAGGGGGACUUUCCCCUGGGCAGUCACCUCCCUCCCAGCAACCCCCAAGAGCCUGCUGGCUUGGAAAUGCUGUAUAUAUAAGUCUAUAUUUUUCCUCCUUUGUAACUUAUCAAUGGUUUAAUAAAAAGAUCAAAUUUA